AUGAAUCAGCUGAUAGUUUAUCUGAGUGGAAGAGCAAUAGCGAGUUUCAAGCAUGGUGGAAAGAAAAAGAAAGGAAGAAAACAUUCAAUGUCGAAUACCAGUAUUAUUCGAGUUCAAUCGUCGGAAGGAACGAAAAGAAUCACUAUCACUUCGCAAGAUACUUUCAAAAGUCUGUAUGAGAAAACAGCGGAGGCAUUUGCGUUCUCGUCAUACGAACAAUUUACUUUAUAUAAAGAACAAAAUAAAAAAUCUCCAUUACAGCCAACGAAACUACCAAUAAAUCUUCGACACGGUGAUCUUGUUUAUUUUGUAUCGGAACAGAGCAAUGCUCAAUCGAAUCCAAUAUCAUCAUCAACAACAACACAUAUUGAUUUCUUGUCGAAAUUAAUCGAUCGCGAAGAAGACGAUGUUGACAAACAAUUGGAUAUAGUUGACGGAAGGAUUCCACGAGAAAAAAAUCCACAACUAUGUCACCAUGGCGCACAUGGCAAAUGUUUACAUUGCAUACCAAUAGAACCUUACGAUGAAGAAUAUUUGAAAAAUCAUAAACCUCCUAUAAAGCAUAUGUCAUUUCAGAGUUACCUCAGGAAACUACAAAACUCGACAAACGGUGAUAAAUUUUCCAGUUUGAAGAAUAUUAGCUGUUCAGUAAAAGAAAAAUGCCCUGCAGGCCACGCCCCAUGGCCUAAAGGAAUAUGUACAGCGUGCCAACCUAGUUCUGUUACACUUAUGCGACAACUUUACCGUCAUGUGGACAAUAUUAUGUUUGAAAAUGGAAAUAUCGUUGAUCGAUUUCUCAACUAUUGGCGUUCGUUUGGUCACCAACGCAUUGGAUUUCUUUAUGGCCGAUACGAAGCUUACAAUGCUAUACCACUUGGUAUUCGGGCUGUUGUUGCUGCCAUAUACGAACCACCGCAAGAAACAUCGAAAGAUGAAGUUCAGUUGGUUUUACCUGAUCCACGAGAGACGAUAGCUGAAAGUUUAGCACAUCGACUAGGACUCCGUCGAAUCGGCUGGAUAUUCACAGAUUUGAUUCCGAAUGAUAGAAAAGUGGGCGAUGGACCGGUGUUGCAUCAUCGAGGAAAUGCGAACACUUGCUUUCUAACCGCUCAAGAAUGCAUUACAAGUGGUUGGUUUCAAAAUAAACAUUUGAAUACUUGCAAAUACUCGCCCGAUGGUUAUUUUGGUUCGAAGUUUGUUACCGUCGUUGUCACAGGGAACGCAUCCGGUCAAAUUCAUUUCGAAGGAUAUCAAGUUUCAAAUCAAUGUAUGGCUCUAGUUAAAUCCGAGAUUUUACUUCCGACAUACGACGCCCCUGAAUUAGGUUAUAUCAAAGAAACAAGUACUGAGCAGCUCGUACCUGAUGUUUAUUACAAAGAAAAGGAUUCGUACAAUAAUGAAGUUAUGAAAAUAGCUCGACCAUUACCCUUGGAAUACUUGAUUAUCGAUAUUCCGACUGGUUUUCCUAGUAAUAGUAAUUUGCAAAUACAGUCAACUUUUAAUGACAAUUGUUCUGUGAUAAAAACGCCAUUUUGUAUUGAAAACCGAGUCAAAACUGGUGAAUUACAAGAUAUGGAUGCUUUUACAUUAUAUUUACAGCAAUUUCUCGAAACAAAAUCAGUUCGUUCUCAAUCGAAAUCCUAUGAAAUCAUUGAUGUUUUAGCUGAUUUUCAUGUUUUGCUAUAUUUGGCAACAAAUGACAUUGUGCCGUUUUCCAUGAAUGAACUAAACCCAUUACUUGAUUCUAUACGCCAACAUGACCUGAAUGGUGUUGAAAAAUGGAUGACUAGUCCACAUUGGCAAACACUUCUUCAACUUCUUCAGCUCCAAUUUCCAACAACCAAUCGAAAGUCACAUACCAAUGUCGAUGAACAAUCGUCUGAAUGGAUUUGUUCACGUUGUACUUUUGUUAAUAAUGUAGCCAGUGAACAAUGUGAUAUGUGCUCAUUUGAACAAAAUGUUUCUUCUUAA